AUGGCCAACGUCUAUGCUCAAGCAUCCUGCACGAUAUCUGCUACUGGCUCGGCCGAAUCUUCUGGCGGCUGCUUCAAGAAGAGGAACCCUCUGCCAUACUUUCCGUGUCACAUCCUCGCCGAUCCUUCAAGCCGACAGAGUCUGACGGUCAAGGCGGCCAACACGGCCUUCAAGACCAACAUGUUCCACACUGAGGUUGACGGUGGUCCACUGAACACGCGAGCCUGGGCCUUCCAGGAACGCCUCCUCUCCCAGCGCAUCAUCCACUUUGGUGCCUCCCUCAUAUUCUUCGAAUGCAGCACCCUUUUCGCGUCGGAGCUGCAGCCCGAGGGCAUAUACGAUGGAGUCGAUGUCCUGACACGUGAUGGCACCAAACACGAAUUCCCUGACCUUGACAGAUGGGCAGAGAUGCUUGAUCCUUUCCUCCCUCCACCACAACCAUCAGCGCCCCCUGCGCUUGAGCCAGAGGACUUUACUCCUCCAGAAGACUCGGCACCCUCGAAGCCUUCGGUAUCUAUCAAGCUUCCAAACACGUAUGGCGUCUUUCCUUCCAAACACGAGCGCCAGGCCCGCGCCCGUUACAAUAAGGCCUGGAACCUUUAUCGAGCGCGCAAGCGCCACAGACUCGAAGAGAACGCAGCUCGUGGGCGGCGUCACGCCGCACGCGAACGGGCGCGCCAGGAGAGCGCGGAACAAGCACACCUGCGGAAAUCAGAGCAAGCACUGCAGAUUCCCCGGGCACCUAACCCCGCAUACAAAGCUCCGGAGGUUGUUGCAUCCCUCUCGGACAACAGCGUCACGGGGUACCGUGGUGCAUUCGAUUUCCUCGCCGCCGCCGCCGCUGCAGGGUCUUCACGCGAUAUCGCGCCGCGAGAUCAGCUACGUCUACACCAGAGGUGGUUUGAGCUCGUGAGCAAAUACACACGCAGCCAAUUGACUGUUGCGGGGUACCGCCACAUGGCUGCUGCCGGCGUGGCGCGUGCUAUCCAGGGGCCGGGGACCAACGCGGACUAUCUCGCAGGCUUGUGGCGGCGACAUCUUGAAUUUGAUCUCCUGUGGAGCUUGGAAGGAUCUCCGAAAUGCCGACCGUCGCCGUAUCGGGCACCCUCGUGGUCCUGGAUCUCUGUUGAUGGGGCGGUCUCUCAGCGACUCCUGCCUUUCACGCUCGCCAACGAGGCCCGUCGGUGCGAAGUGGAUAUGCUGGCGAAAGUUGUCGCCGUGCAGGUGCUUGACGCGAAAACAGGAGAGGAAGCUACUGAUGCCACGGCCCCAAUCGGGACCGGAUUGCUUGAGCUUCGCGGUGUUCUAUGCCCAGUGUCACAACUAGACGUCAACGAGGCUACCGGCCAGGGCAGGCUGUUGCUAUCAGGCACGUGGGCUGAGUGCGUCAUGGACACACUUUCCUCUGAGGUUCGAGGAUAUGACGAUCUGUUCUGCCUUCCGGUACUCAACAUGACAAGAUUUCCGUUGUUAGAGGAGGAAAGCAUGGCGAAAAUGGAACGGGCAUCAUUGCACGGCAUUAUUUUGAGACAGUUUGGUGGCACAUCAGCCGUCAAACAUAUUUCUUCGUCAUGCAAGGCAUUCGAAAGGGUCGGGUCUUUUGUGUUAUCAUCCCUGCUAGAUGAUGGACUUGGCGUACUCGAGGCCAUCAGGCAUCCCACGCUGGCAGGUGAUCUUGCGUCUACCAGUAUCUCUGUCAGGUGA